AUGGCACGAGCUAAUUACCUCAUUUUUGCUCUGUCACUUCACGUAAUCUGGCUGUUAUUUUUUAGCAAACUAUGCAAUGCUUCGAACGUUAAGAUUUCUCGUUCUUUUCCUGCAAUUCUCAUAUUCGGCGAUUCUACUGUAGAUACGGGAAAUAACAACUUCAUUCCCACUGUCUUCAAGGGCAAUUACUUUCCAUAUGGUAAAGAUUUCCCGAACCAUGUUGCCACGGGAAGGUUUAGUAAUGGAAAACUCAUACCUGACAUGACGGCCUCUAAAUUGGGGAUAAAGGAGCUUGUUCCUCCGUUCUUAGAUCCUAAAUUGUCAAAUGAUGAUAUCAAAACAGGGGUCAAUUUUGCAUCUGCCGGCACAGGCUUCGACGAUCUAACAUCGACUAUGAACAAAGUAAUUUCGAUGACGAAGCAAAUUGAUCUUUUCAAGAAUUAUACUCAAAGGUUCGAAGGAAUUGUAGGUAUGGAUGAAAGUAAAAGAAUUAUUAGCCGUGCUUUGGUGGUCGUUAGUGCAGGAACCAAUGACGUACUCUUCAAUUUCUACAAUGAUCCUAUCAAAAAGUUGAAAUACAAUAUUAGCGGCUAUCACGAUUUUCUACAAAGCAAACUACAGAGCGUGGUCGAGGAAAUUUACCAUCUUGGAUGUUCAAAUAUUAUGGUUGCUGAACUCCCUCCAAUGGGGUGUCUUCCCAUUCAAGAAACUCUAUCAUUUAAAGAUCUCCCGACUCGAAAAUGUGUAGAAGAUCAAAAUUCAGAUUCAGAAGCCUAUAAUCAAAAGCUACUAAAGUUGUUAAAAAAUUUAGAGGCUAAACUCUCGGGAAGCACGGUUUUGUAUGUUGACAUUUUCACUCCAAUCAUGGACAUGGUCAAUAAUCCUCAUAAAUAUGGUUUCGAGCAGACAAACAAAGGUUGUUGUGGAAAUGGAUUGGCUGAAGCAGGGCCUCUUUGUAAUGCAUUAACCCCAACGUGCAAAAAUCGAUCAAAAUUUGUAUUUUGGGAUAGCUUUCAUCCGACUGAAACAGCCUAUAACUUUAUCACUGAGUCGCUUUUCAAUCAAAUUUUCGGUCACGUGAAUCGAAAUUGA